AUGGCGCAGCAUGCGAUGUGCCUGCUUCGGCGCUUCAUUGGGUUUACAGCGCCGCCGGCACAGAGAGCCCUGAGUACCACUGCUACACCAAUGGUGGAGGGUGCGGUGGUGGCUGAGGCGACGGCGAAGGAGGCGAAGAGGAGGAAGAAGAAGAAUCUGUUUGACGUGGCGCAGUUCCUGCCGGAGUGGGGCAUCGGAUACAAGGUUGCCAAGACCACCUGGCGCGACGUCUCCUAUCAGAUCACCAAGAUCAACCUGUACAAGGAGCUCCAACUGGGGCCUUCUAAGAAUUUAGUAAAGUCCUUUGUUUCUUUGGUAGCAGUCGUAGGACCGAGUCCAGGCGUCCGAAAAGGGCAGGCGUUGCGACACCAACGUGCUCAUCUCUCGCCCGGCCUUGAAAUCUCCACACCGACCGCGCCAUCCCUCGCUUCGCCCCUACUUAAAAUCUCCGAGCAGCCUCCGCUUCGCCACGCAGAGAGCUCAGAGCAGCAACCGCCGAAGCAAGCAAGCGAAGCGAAGCACGCGCGCGCGGCCGGCGUCAAGCUCAGGCUCAGGUGCGCGUGCGCGGGCACCGGGCAGCCAGCAGUAGCCAGAGCACAGGGGGAUGGCGAUCGUGGGCGCGGAGUACUGCGACCCCGAGGAACGCGUCCUGACGGUGCGCAAGACCUCGCACUUCUCCCCGGCGACGGCUUCGCGGCCUACGACCACCGCACGGGCGGGCUCGCCUUCCGCGCCGACACCUACGGCCGGGGCCACGGCGGGGGUGCCGCGUCGGCGGGCGAGCUCGCGCUGCUCGGCCCUGCCGGGGAGCCGCUCCUCACCGUGCGCCGGCGGCGCCCGUCCCUGCACCACCGAUGGGAGGGCUUCCUCGGCGCCCGCGCCGACGGCCAGAAGGCGCUCUUCUCGGCCCGCCGCCCGUCCAUCCUCGGCGGCGCCGCGGCCGGCGCCGUCAUCGAGCUCCUCCAGCCGCCGCUCCCCUCCUCGUCGCCGCCGGCCGUGGCCGCCGCCCCCGAGCUGCUCCGCGUGGACGGGUCCUUCCCGCGGCGGUGCUGCCGCGUGGUGGCGGCGCCCAGGGCCGAGGGGGAGAAGGCCAAGGUCAAGGUGGUGGCGGAGAUCAGGCGGAAGGUGGACGAGGGGGCGCGCGUUGUCAUGGGCCGCGACGUGUUCGUCCUGCGGGUGAGCCCCGGCUUCGACGCGGCGUUCGCCAUGGGGAUCGUGCUCGUGCUCGACCAGAUCGCGGGCGACGAGGCCAGCGUCGACGCUGGAGCGGACGUCAUCGACGCCAAGAUUUGA